UGCUUGAAUCCGACAGUUAGUGACGCUGAAGCCAGUAAAGAAGGCGUGCGUGCUGCUGCUCUGCGGGGCCGUUUACCUGUUUAAAGAACAUUACGAAACCCACAGUAGAACCCUAACCGACGAUGGCUGAAGGCGAUAACAAAAGCGCAAAUAUGCUGGCUCAGGAAACGGCCCAGCUGGAGGAGCAGCUGCAGGGCUGGGGUGAGGUGAUCCUGGCCGGGGAUCGCGUCGUGCGCUGGGAGAAGCCUUGGUUCCCUGGAGCCCUGAUGGGUGCCACCACCAUUAUUUUCAUGCUGAUUUACUAUCUGGACCCAUCAGUGCUGACUGGGCUCUCCUGCGCCGUCAUGCUGCUCUGCCUAGCAGACUACCUGGUGCCCACCCUUGCACCCAGAGUCUUCGGCUCCAAUAAGUGGACCACCGAGCAGCAGCAGCGUUUCCAUGAGAUCUGUGGUAACCUGGUGAAGACGCAGCGUCGGAUCAUUGGCUGGUGGAAACGUCUCUGUGCCCUCAAGGAGGAGAAGCCCAAAAUGUACUUUGCCUCAGUGAUCAGCAGCCUGCUGGCAGUGGCCUGGAUCGGACAGCAGGUGCACAACCUGUUCCUCACCUACCUGAUUGUGAGCUUCCUGCUGCUGCUGCCCGGCCUGAACCAGCACGGUGUCAUCACAAAGUACGCGUCCAUGGCCAAGAGGGAGAUCAACAAACUGCUCAAACAGAAGGAGAAGAAGAACGAGUAGACGGAGGUGUGGAGGAGUCUGACAAGAUGAACCACGACAGGAAAUGGAAGGUGGAGGGAAGUUGUUUAAAGAGAAGAGAAGGGAGAGGAGAGCAGAGAAAAGCCUCCUGCUUCUACGGUCUCUGCCACAGAGCAGGACGCACUUUUUUAUUUUGAUCACAAUUUGGAUAAGUUUCAUUUCUCUCUCCACCUUUUGACAUUUGAAACCUCAUCACCCAUUUUUUUUUUUUUCUUUGAACUUACCUGUCAUGCAUGCAUCCAUCACAUGAAGGUUAUGUUAAUAUUGUCACAGCACUGAAAAGUUCAGCAACACACACACACACACACACGCUCCCCCUGCCAUGUACACGGUUUAAAUCUCCCUUCUGUUUCUUAGUUUGAGUGUGCUUCAUUUUAAGAUGUCAGUAAUGCUUUUAAGCCAUUCCCUCUACUUAGACAAAGUGACUACUGAGCAGUUUUUGUAGCAUUACUGCAUCAUUUUAACCCUCAUAGAUUCCUCACAGUAUUUUAUUUUCUUUUUUUUCAGGACAGUUUUUGUCACGUUAGCACAGGUCAUGUAAAUUUUCCAGUUUUUGCUAAUUCAGCUUUGGUUGUAUUUAAAAAAAAAAUUACGCUGAAACAAAACUGGAUUUAAAGUUGAGCUUGUCAGGAGUUGAACUGUUUCUAGAUAUAAGCCUACUGCUGUACUGCUGCUAGCUGGACUCUGGUCUAUUAGCUCUUCUCUAAAACCCCACAGUGUGUAACUGGUGUGGGGUUUCUCUGUGUAAAUAGACCGACAUGUAUUUCCUUCACUCUGUCCUGUCAGUCCUCCUCUUCUGUUAUUUAUGUGUUCUUUCCUCCUCAAUCUCAUCCUUUCUGGUUUGUUUACCGUCUUUCAACUCAUUUCAUUUUUUGUCUUUAUUGGAGUUCUUUACGAAAAUGAAUAAAGUUUGCUUUAAAUUAA